AUGUGUAGGGAACUGUCUGCACUCAUUAAAACCCUGCAAGGGACUGCAAGCAGUAUAAUACUACUGACACUGCUACCUAUACCCAAGCUGGAGAAAAAAUACGGUACUAGUCACUUCAAACUCUUGGAGAAAUACAAUAGUCACAUCCGUAGCUUGGAAAAUGAAGACUAUGUAAGGAUAGCCGACAUCUGCCCACUGUACCUGAGUUCUUCUCCACGCCAGAAAUGCCUUAUGCAUUUGUUUGAACAGCACCCUCCGAAGUCCCAACAGCUGUUCACCGAACCUACAGAACUUGCUGUCUCCAAUCAGCUGAUGGUCUACCAGUCCUGGUUCGUACACUAUAUUGUGCGACGACAGGAGUUCCCUUUUACUUGUUUCCGGUCAACGUCUACCGGGGCAGCCGACGCCGUGAGGGGAAGAGUUGGGUUCAGCCAGGGAAUCCACAUGUGGGCAAUUCACUGGCCUGCUCAUAUCCGUGGCUAUCACCCUAUGGUGGGUGUGGCUUCGAAAGAUGCGGAUCUACACGGCAACGGUAUCAAUUCUAUCGUGGGGAGUGACGACCAGUCCUGGGGAUGGAACCUGAGCACCCUGAGACUACGUCACGACUGCAGCAUGGACAGUGCCGACUAUCCUGUUGUAGCACCUUUUGAUGAUUUUGAAGUGCCGGACAGUUUUGGUGUUGUACUGGACAUGUAUAAGGGAACACUGGGUUUCCUCAUCCGAGUUGGCGACAGAAGAUAUUACCUUGGAGAUGCCUUCACCGGGCUGCGUGGGAAGGUGCUAUUUCCCAUCAUCAGCACCAGCUCAGUGCCCUGCCAGGUCACCAUCACUUACAACGGCGGCUUGGAUUCGGAACCCCGCUCCUUGAUGGAGAUUUGCAAGAAGUUCAUCAUGCAGGCUGUUGAAGAUGACGAUAUUGACAAGAUAGAAGAGCUGGUCUUGCCUCAAACAGUUAUUAAGUAUUUAUUAGACGAGGACUAA